AUGCUUCUCGGCGUACUGGUUCUACUAUUCUCACAUGCCUGUGCUUUGAACAUAUUGCUCACAAGCACAGGUCGAUGGGAUACGACGAAUCUGCGGUCGUUAUACGAUCGUUUGAAGAGUCACCCUAGCCACAAUGUACUAUUAGUGGCCCCACUCACGGAGUCUAAAAGUUGUCAGGGGCUUGUACGGGAAGGUUCGAACAGUGACAAUAUCUCAGGGUGCCUCUUGCGCGAUACAGAUUACAUAAACAGGGAGCAGUCUGAUCACAAUAUCUGGCAUAUUGAUGAUUGUCCAGCACGCACAUCCCUAAUUGCUCUCGAUUACAUUAUACCUACUUUCUACGUUGAUUGGUCUUUUGAUUUAAUAAUUGUGGGUCCCACAGAAGAAAGCAAUGCUGGUCCUUUGAAUCAUCUGUUCAACCCCAAUUUUCAAUUGAGUAAGUUUUUGAGUUUUAGACAGAUCCCAGUGAUCAGUCUGCAUGCAACUGGUCCUGCAACCAGAUUCCACAGUUCAAGAGACCAACCAGAUGAUUCUGCAUUAUUGUAUUCGCAGAAGGUGAUACAACUAAUAGAUGGACUCUCUGACUACGUACGUGAUGCACCAUUCGGAAAUCAUGACUUUCAAACCACAAAGUCAAGAUUUGUGGACCAGAAUAAUGUGAAAUUUGACGAGAAAUUCAACCGCCACGACCAACUAGAUGACCAAAACUCAUUACCUCGUGUCUUACCUCAUAAUGUCAUAUUGAAUGUGAAUUUUCCAAUGGUUGGAUCAAGUUCGCAAGUGAAUUGUGUCGAUCCGCAAUUUGAACAAUCAAGUACUAGAAGCGAGUUUCAAUUAAUGAUCCCUUCGGCCAGUUUUGACGAGAGUAGUAAUAACUUUGACAUUGAAAUGGCCCCUAUCAACACACCUAUGGACCCCAAGGAUGACAGCGGUCAUCCAAGUGAGCUUCUGGCUUUAGAAUCUUGCGCAAUUAGUGUCACCGCAAUUUCCAACACUGGAGAGGAUGUGGAAAUUGGUCUUUCUGAUAUACUUGAUCCAAGGUAUCGUAUCAAAAAGGAUUUGGAGUCAUUAGAUAAGCUCAAGAAGCAUCUGAACGACGAAGAAAACGUCCAAGGUAGCGGACCUCAACAUGGUGACUUUUAUAGCGGAAAGCUGAAUGCAUUGGUUGAGCAACUGUUUAAAUAG